AGGUACGUCAAACAUUCUGUAUGCGCGAAGGUCAUAUAGCAGUCCCUGCGAUGAAUUGAUGCAAUGCCAAUGGAAGAUUAGUACUGCGGGACGCGCACUGUUGCUGAGAGCCGUGGAGAGUACUGGUUACGGCAUCGGCAAAGCACGGCCUUGAGGCCUGAGGCCUGAGGCUCAACAGGCGAAGCGCUUCGAAUCCUUGUGUACUUCGCGCGCAAGGACUUCUAUAUGAAAUACUGGCCGUUGGCAUAGGAAAUUCUGAGCUCAUCGCGUACGAGAUCCAUAAUUCCGCCAUCACUUGCUUCCGGGGGAGGUGAUACCGACAGCCUAACGUUUCCAAAUGAUGCGGCAUGCCGUAUGAUGGCUGGAAACUAUAUCUUGACCUCCGCCGGCGGUCUGGUCAGCUCAUGUCCCACUUACGCAUGUUAGGCCUGCUCACCCAUGUCGGAUCCGCAGACAGUGGCGCUUGAUCGCCCAACGCCUGUCUCACAGUCGCUCUUUCAGCAGACAUAUGGUGGGUCGCUGGCGUCCUGCCAGAUAAUGCUCGUUUUCUAUGGUAUAUCGGUCUUGCAGACUUACUUAUAUUUUCUACGAUACGAAAAAGACCAUCCGUUACUGAAGCUACUGGUCCUAGCACUAUUUAUCUUGUCCACGAUACAUGCGGCUUUUGUGUGUCAUACCGUAUGGCACUACCUUAUUUUUAGUUACACCGAUGUAGACUUGCUACUAGACGGAGAGUGGUCUGUAUACGUAGCUACAGCUGUCGGGGUAUGCGCUUGUUUCCUAGUUCAAUCCUUCUUUGCGAGGACAAUCUAUACAUUGCUGAGAGGGAAAUGGAGAAUGCUUGUUACGACAAUCACCGUCACCUUGUUCUUGGCUCAGCUUGGCUUUGGAGUCGCGCUCGCCGUCAAGCUUUUUCAGAUCUGGGAUUUGUACUUGCUCAAGGAAGCGGUGGAUAGUACCAUGAUUCCUAUGUUUUGUUCGCGGAUGGCAUCAGAUGCGGUCUUCACAAUCACGCUGUGUGUGGUGCUGUACGACACAUCGACAGAUUCGAAUUACAGCAGCGGUUCUGUGAGACUCGUCAAGCUGCUCAUUGUAUAUGCUAUCAAUAGAUUCGUGUUGACGACUCGCUGUGCAGACAAUCGUGCUGAUUAUCCGACCGAACGAGAUCUGGGCGAUGGUCCUCGAAUUUAUUACAGUGCAUAUCUAUGUGAAUAGCCUAUUGGCAACACUGAACACACGCGAUCACCUCCGCGAUGUCCGGAACGAUGGCCAGUCGAUGGAUGCUUCACGUCUACCGGUAGGCCAGUCGGCGUUGGUGUUCCGCUCAGAGCGAUGUAGUGGCUUCGCUGGCACGCUGGACAAUUCCUCGGGUGCGACGGCUAUCGAGCGGGUGCACGUCCACCUUCAAGUUAGGAGUUUAGAUCACUCCGGA